AAGUUUAAUUUAUAAUCUUUAUGCCGAGGGCAUGACUCUGACCUCAACAACAUUUAUGUUUGCUUUGUUCAACCUUACUCCAGGCAUUACCUUCAUCAUGUCAAUACUUUUCAGAUUGGAAAAACUAAAUUGGAGUGCAACGGAAGGAAAGGCUAAAGUGAUAGGAACAUUAAUAGGAAUAAGUGGAGCAAUGCUAUUGACAUUUUACAAAGGAGAAGAAAUUAAUAUUGGAUCAUCUAAUAUAUACCUUUUGCAUACACAUCACAACCAAAAUGGAGAUAUAAUGCCACAACAUGCAGACUUUAGUAAUAAACUAUUAGGUGUUCUUUGUGCCAUAGGAAGCAGCUGCUCAUUUUCUCUAUGGUUCAUCAUUCAGGCUAAAAUGAACAAAGAAUAUCUAAGCCAUCAUUCAAGCACGGCUUUGAUGUCCACAAUGGGAGCAAUACAAGCUAUUGUUCUUGCUCUUUGUGUUGACAGGGAUUGGAUUCAAUGGAAGCUUGGUUACAAUAUCAGGCUUCUCACUGCAGCUUUUCCGGGAAUAAUAACCUCUGGAAUAGCCACUAUUGCUGUUGCUUGGUGCAUAAAGAUGAGAGGUCCUCUUUUCGCGUCGAUUUUCUAUCCUGUCCAACUCAUAAUUGUUGCUGUCUUUGCUUAUUUAUUGUUGGAUGAGAAGUUAUAUUUAGGAAGUAUUCUUGGAGCAGUGAUGAUCGUGUGCGGUUUGUAUGUGGUGCUUUGGAGUAAGAACAAAGAAAUGCAAGAAAAAGCUCAAUUGAUAAGUAGGGUUAGUCUAGAACAUGCUGAGGCCUAAUGUGAAUAUUAAGAUUAGGUCUUAUAUGUAAUGGAGUGUUUGUUUCAAUAAAUGAAAUUACAUUAUCGGGGGAUGUGACAUUGAAAAUGUAAUAAUCUCAUGUUUGUUUCAGGUUUUUAAAAAUUA